UCGAAACCAGGACUUUUGAUCAGUGGUUGAACAUGCUAACCAUUAGACAAACGAGGCAGCCUAAGGCGUCACAAUGACAAAUAUUUUCUUAAAGUAGAUUAAAUGGCCUCAAAUCAUUGGUACAUAAACAUGUUUGUAUUCAUUAAACUAAGAUGACUAAUAUAAAGCUGUUAAUAACACAUGAUGUUAUCAAAUAAUAAUUUAGUAAGACACCUAUAGAUCAGGUUCCUAUAUUAACCCCAUAUCCCUGAUAGGGUUCUUAUCGGCAUCAUUCGGGAACGCUAAAUCUUCAGGACCUCUCAGUUAUAAAACAGGGCGCUCACUCCUGCACCAGGGUGAUCAACAAAACGACGUUAACUGUUGACCUGCGUGUUAAUAAGCAAAGACAAAAUAUAAAUUAUUGUAAACCAAGAAAACUAUACAACAAAAAUAUAAAACAUUGAAUAAAGUUGUACAGUUGGCGGCCAGAUCACUAAAAACCGACCUUUGCCAGGCAACAAAACUGCAGGGUACACAGAAACAAUUAUAUCUUUAAUAUAUACACGUAUACAAACAUACAUAUGUAUACAAAUAUUCUUACAUAAAUAUAGACACACAAUAAGAGAGAAAGACUAUUAAAAGCCAAAAGACGGCAAGGAAAGCAGAUAUGGAAAAGUUUUAAAAGGACAGAAGCAAAGAAUCGGAAUAGAGGUUCGAUAAAUUAUAGCCAAGGUAGGACAAAAGUAUGCUUUCACAAGUCCCUAAAUGCUUCUAGAGAUUGAGCACGCCUACUAUGGAGAGCCGUUAAGCUUAAACAGAAAAGGGUUUAGAAUACAAGGAAGUUAGUUUAAUAACGUAUUUGCUGUUGUAAAACGUAACCUAAAAUAAGAAACAAUAAACAUGGAACUAUGAAAAAUGUAAAUGAUAGCGGGCAUUGCCCCCCUCUAGACUCUACCUGUACUUAUCAGUCGCACGCGCCUUAUCAACACCGUGAAAUAUACACCUCAAAUUGUGUAACGCCGCGACGACGCGUACGUGAGCGUUCUACGUUUCUUAAUCUCAAUAAAUUGAUAAUAAAUAUAUUUACAAACACGCAACGUGGAAGUUUCGAAAAAAAGUGAUUAAUUUGUGUUUUUUUUUAAUAACGUUUGUAACUGCCGAUACUGAAAUGAUUGUUAUUGUUUAAAUUAGCCUUCUGAUGUCUCGCUAUAUCAAUUUCAUGUGCAAAUUUCUCAUAAUAUUUUAGGAGUGUUAAACAAUUAAUUGCCGUUACAGUAAGUGACGUCAUGGACAUGUGAUCAUAUGGAUGCGACUUUAGUUCACCCUAAUAGAAAUAUAGUUUGUUUCUAUGGUUAUUAUCGAUAAUGCUGGAGGUAGUACUGAUGGGAACUACGCAGCUUCAACACCUCCAAAGCCCUCCUCAGCGCCGCCGCACACGACGCUGCAGAGGUCAGUGCGCGCGGCUGGACCCUCCAGAGUCAUCCCGCGGUUCCACUUCCCCAAAGGCAGACCACCUCCGGCACAUCAGCAGGACCAUGCGCUGCAUAAAGUCCAGUCAGCGUUUGCGACCUUCCCGAACAGCCAGGUGCCGCGGGAAAGUUUCAAACACAUCGUGAAAGCGUGCGAGUGCCCUCUCUACUGGAAAAUGCCUUUGUUCCUGGCGUCACAGCAGAACCUAAACGCGCCCGUCGACGGCCAUAAGUUCAUUGAUUUUUGGAGAGAUAUGACAUCCACAUGCCACGACGAAGCUUCCCGGUUCGUAUAUAUAUUGACCAGAGGGAAGAACAGCAACCUGACUCCUGAAGACUUUGUGCCGCUUGUGCAAGACGUCGUAGACACACACCCUGGGCUUUCGUUCCUAAAGGAAGCCACUGAGUUCCACUCGAGAUAUGUUCAUACUGUAAUCGCUAGGAUAUUUUACUGUGUCAACCGUUCGUGGUCCGGCCGGAUAUCGAUACCGGAACUCAGAAGAUCCAAUCUCCUCCAAGUGAUACAACUCUUAGAAGACGAGGAAGACAUCAAUCAAGUUACGCAAUACUUUAGUUACGAGCAUUUCUAUGUCAUCUACUGCAAAUUCUGGGAGUUGGACAAGGAUCAUGAUCUGUUCAUUGACAAGCAUGAUCUGGCCAGGCAUAACGACCACGCUCUCUCCAGUCGUAUGAUCGAGCGGGUUUUAUCCGGUUGUGUGACGAGAGGCAACCAGAAUCGCCUGACGCCCGAUGGUGAACCACGCAUGUCAUACACCGAGUUCGUGUGGUUCCUACUAGCUGAAGAAGACAAGACGCAUCCCACUGCUAUUGAAUACUGGUUCAGGUGUAUGGACGUGGAUGGAGACGGCUAUAUCUCUAUGUACGAGUUGGAAUACUUCUACGAGGAGCAAAUGCAGAGGAUGGAGGCAAUAGGUAUUGAAACUCUGCCGUUCAGCGAUUGUUUAUGUCAGAUGUUAGACAUGGUCCACCCAGCGGAAGACGGCAAGAUUACGCUCACCGACCUGAAAAAGUGCAAGUUGACUCCCAUCUUCUUCGACACGUUCUUCAAUUUGGAGAAAUACCUCGACCACGAGCAGCGAGAUCCGUUUGCGACCCAACGCGAUUCUGAUUCCGAGAUGUCGGAAUGGGACAGAUUUGCGGCUGAAGAAUACGAACUACUAGUGGCCGAAGAAGGAGGUAGCGACGCGCAAGACCAAAUCUCAUACGAUGAAACAGAUGAAGACUGUUUAUCGCCUAACCUAGACGAUGUUACGAACACAGAGGUUAUAGAGGACUCUAGUGUUGAGGAGUCAACUCUCAGCGAGGGGUUGGCUACAACAAUUCCAGGGCGCGCGAGAGACCCCGCGGGAGUUGCUAUUGGACCACGAACUCCGGUUGCAACUAACCCAGCUGGCUUCGUCAAUCUCAGCUCGAUUUACUCCAUUGGCAACAGCGAACGAUGGGCCGGCCAAAAGAAUGUCGCAUUAGAAAAGAAAGGAGAAAAGCCAAUCCCACCCGAGAAACCAGUCAGUCUAAUGAUGAUGAACGGAAAAAUGGACAAUAGAUAUGGCUUCGGCAACAAUAGUUUCCUUUACUCGCAACUGUUGAACCCUGGAGGAUUAGCCGGCGCGAGAGCGAAAGAUCCGCCUUCGUACACAGCAGCCACUAGUGGAGUAUUAGAUAAGAGCAGUGAAGCUACUAAAGCUGCAACAUCUCCUAAUAAAAUCGUUAAAUCGCCUGUCACAAGUCCUGUGAAUGGAGUUAGUAAAAUCUCGGAUAACUAUGAAAAGGCUGUGGCGGAAAGGCUCAGUCCUCAAAGGGAAAUAUCCAGGCUAAACCGGAGUAGUUUGUUCAGUAAGGUCAACACAGGUGUCGUUUCCGGGAAGGUUAAGAAGAAUGGCCGUCAGGACGAUGAAGACGACGAUUACGCGCGUGAUAGCGAUGAGUGUUCCAUUUAGACCUUGUUGAAAAUGGGGCACUGCCCUGUACUAUAGACUGAAAAGCCUCUCAUAAACAUGUACAAAAUGUUUGUACAAAAUAUAUGUCAAAACCGACUGAGUAAUUUCAUUCUUGUCGGAACAGCAACGUUUGCAAAGUCGUGCAGUAGGUACCAGUAUGUCACGACUUGAAGUAGCAUUAAUGCAAUUUUUAGUCUACUAUUUCGUAGACGUGUAUAAAAACGUGUGUGAUUUGGUGAAAAACUAACCUACUGUGAACAUAUAUUAAAAUAAUGCAUUGCGAAAGUUUGUGAGAAAGGCGUGCUGUAAAAGUGCGAACGCCAAAGAUCGUCAUAGUGUGCAAUUUUGACUUUAUAAUUAUUAGACAUCAUUUGAGCAAGAACUGUAAUGUUUGUCAGAGAAAUAUUUUUCAGCGUAUCCUGGUUUCGAUACGUGCCUUGUGAAUGUAGAAUUGUAGUUUCCGUGUGGACUUUGAAGAAAAUAUAGCAGUAGUUGUAGUUGUAAAGUGCGUUGAUCCUCGGAGACUGUUAUUUAGAGUGCGAACGGUGUGUUUUAACAUCGCCAUAAGUUAGUUUCAGCAUUUUACUAGUAUUAUGAUAGGGACAUUAAACAUUGUUUUAAUUGUAUUAUGUAUUUUAUAAUGUUGAGCAUAACAGCUUUAACUUAUAGGUGUAGGUAACUUACGCAGGAUUAUGACUUUAUGUUUACAAUUUAUCAUGUACCUACUUUCAUUGUAGCGCCCGUUUCUGAUUUAAGUGUUUCUACAUGAAGGCAUAAUAAAAUCACAAUCUCUCAAUAAAGAAUAAUAACCAAAAUAUAAAUCUUAUAUCUUUAAACGAGCAAUUCUUAUA